ACACACACACACACACACGAGAGAGAGAGAGAGAGAGAGAAGACCUUUCCUGGAUGUUGAAAUUCUUCAAAGCAGGCAGUGCUGACCAGGCUGGUGAUUGUACUCGUGCUCUCUGAGCUCUCAGUAUGGAUGAACAGAAUACAAAAGCAUCUCUUCCUAACUCCAUACCCCGGUCUCUUUUUGUGUUUAUGGUGCUGAUCGUGUUGCUGAUGCUGAUUCUAAAUGUUCAUCGUAUAGAGUAUGAUUCAUUUUCUGGAAGUGUGUCAAAUUUCAAGUCCAUCCCUGUUCCAAAAUUGUAUUCAUCAGCAAAGGAUCUCUUGAAGUUGAGGAUGCAUCCUUGGAUACUCCGAUUGCUUAACUGUGGCUACCAGAAUGAAAGCUUUACACCUGCAGAAAGAGCUGAGGGAAUGUUCCUGUUGAAAAUGACUGAAUGGCCUAACCCACCUAGAGCUCACACACCCUUUAUGACCAGCACUGACCCGUCACGCUCUCACUUUCUUAUUUUAAACUCUCAGAACACUUUCCAUGUUGGGGAUCAAUUACAGGUGAUGGUCCACAUGUAUGAUUUUUCAGGACACCCGAAGCAAUACGGAGGUGACUAUCUCCAGGCCCGGAUCCACACCCCAGAGCUCAAAGCGGGUUCAGUGGGAACAGUUGUCGAUUACCAAAAUGGAUCGUACAAGAUCAAUUUUACUUUAUUCUGGUCGGGGAAAGUUGAGGUGUCCGUUACCUUGGUUCAUCCCAGUGAAGCGAUUCAAGUGCAUAAACGAUUGCGUGAAGAACGACUAGAUAUGGUGUACUUUAAAAGCACAUUCAAAUCUGGUGCUACCACAGAGACAACCACAUGCAAUCUUUGUUUGCCUGAGACUGCACCACUCUGUAACUUCACUGAUCUCAAGACUGGGGAACCCUGGUUCUGUUACAAACCAAAAAAGCUCCCAUGCACUGCCCGUGUUAACCAUGCCAAAGCAGGCUAUCAGAAGGGCCUAUUAAUAGGUGAAGAGGGUCGCUAUUUCAGGAGUAACCUCAACCUUCAAAAGCCCAUAUUACACAGUGGUCCAGGUUUUGUAACUGUAAUUGAUUCGUCUCACACAGAAGCAGUUCUUGGAUAUUGCAUCCAUGGCAAACCUCUGACAUCACCAUCUGGUUUUUAUUAUAAGGACCUUUGGAUAUCAACAACCUGCAAUAUUCGCCGCUUUAACACACCUGCAAGUAUCACAGAUUGUCUUCGUGGAAAAAUUGUUUACCUUUUUGGAGAUUCCACUGUACGUCAGUGGUUUGAAUAUUUGACUGAAUAUCUGCCAGAUCUGAAACAGUUUGAUCUUGGCAAUCCUAAAAAUAUUGGGCCACACCUUUCUGUGGAUGUGGAAAACCAGAUCAUGGUAGAAUUUCAUUGUCAUGGUCCACCAAUCCGAUUCUCUACUGUUUCAAGCCAACACCUGCAUUACAUUGCAAAUGCACUGGAUGAACUUAAAGGUGGAAAGAACACAAUUAUAGCAAUCACUAUAUGGUCCCAUUUCAGCACUUUUCCAGUAGAAGUUUACAUACGAAGACUUCAGAAUAUUCGGAGAUCAAUUCUACAGUUAUUGAGCAGGAGUCCGGAUACUCAAAUUGUAAUUAAGACCGCCAAUGCCCAGAGUAUUACACCUGAGGGCAGUAUCUUCAAUAAUGACUGGACCUGCUUUCAGCUUGACUUAGUGUUGAGAAAAAUGUUCAAGGCCAUCAAUGUGGCAUUUGUGGAUGCGUGGGAGAUGACUAUAGCACAUUACCUGCCACAUGAGUUACAUCCACAGCCAAUUAUUAUAAAGAAUGAAAUAGAUGUGUUUCUUUCAUAUGUCUGUCCUUUGAAAUAGGAUAAAACAUUGCAUUAAGUUUGUUCCAGUUAACCUUAAGGCAACCGUAAGUUACAAAUUGUGUGACAGGCUAAGAAAACUACAAAUGGUGUUGAAACAAAAACGUUUGCCUUAAAUUUAUUCGCUAUUUUUAACGUAGACACCGACUGUCCUUUUAAAAUGAGAAUAAAUUUUGAAUGAUUCUCAAAUGUGGGAGCCGUCAUUGGAAUCAACUGAAUGCAAGUUGUUGGUUUAUUAUCUUUAAUAAGCGAAAGAGUAAUUACGUGGGUAAAUAUGUACUUUUGAGGAAUUAUGUUCCUAUUUACUCAAUUACAGCAAUUUCCGUAAAAGGCAAACUGAACCAUGUCCAUACUACAAUCCAUUUCUUGAUUAAUGGAUGCAGGACUCAGUAGGAGAGUUGUUGGGAUGUGGAAUGCCCUGCCAAGUAAGGUGGAGACAGAGUCCAUUGUGGGUUUCAAGAGGCAAGUAGACAGGUGUACGAAGGAUAAAGGCUUGAAGGAAUUUGAGCAUAAGGCAGGGCAGUGGGUUUGAAUGAACACCUUAAUUUGAGCGCCGAUACAGACUCGGUGGGCCGACUGGCCUCCUCCUGUGCUAUAAAUUUCUAUGAUUUCUUUUGCCUUCAUCUACUAUUGCAGGUCACUGGAGUUAGAUCACUUUCUAUGAGGCUUGGAUGAAAGAAUUGUGGCUUUGUAUAAGUUACAUGCCUUUUUUGCCCCAAAAAGUUACUGUACUCGACAAUAAUUGUUAACUUUUGAAACAAUUUAAAGUGAUAA